UAAGCUCUACCAAGUCAAAGCUAGCUACUUAUUGUAUUUGCUUCUCCCCACCUAUAUAUUUUUAAACUUUCACUUUCUCUCAAACCAAAACCUCUCAAAAAUAACAAAAAUGGUAGUGAAAGAAGCAAAGAGUAAUAAGUUAGAUCUUGAGGAGACAGAGCUAAGGCUAGGGUUGCCUGGAAGAAAGGAUGAUCCUAUUAAUGCUAAUGGGAAAAGAGGCUUUAUUGAUGAUAAAGCAACUAUGGAUUUGAAGCUCAGCCUUUCUUCUGAUAUUAACAUCAAGAAUACUCAGCUGGAUUUCAAGAACUCAUCAGUUAAUGACAAGGCUCGAGUUGUGGGUUGGCCACCAGUGAGGUCCUACAGGAAGAAUAUUUUAGCUUCUCAUCAGAAGAGUGGAGCACAAGGCCAAGAGAGUGACAAAAUUGCCAAUGGUGUUUUAGUGAAGGUCAGCAUGGAUGGUGCACCUUACCUUAGAAAAGUGGACUUAAACAUGUACAACAAUUAUCAAGAAUUGUCUGAUGCCUUAGCCAACAUGUUCAGUUCCUUCACUAUUGUCCAAGGUAUGAAAAACUUCAUGAAUGAGAGGAAGCUGAUGGACCUUUUAAAUAGUUCUGAUUAUUUUCCUACCUAUGAAGACAAAGAUGGUGAUUGGAUGCUUGUUGGAGAUGUCCCGUGGGGGAUGUUUGUUGACUCUUGCAAGCGCUUGCGCAUCAUGAAAGGAACUGAAGCAAUAGGACUAGCACCUAGGGAUAUGGAGAAAAGCAGGAACAGAAAUUGAUGAAAUCAGGCAAUUUUUUUAUUUUUUUUUGUUAAUUGAAUAUAAUCAAUCAAAACUUCAUAUCGACUAUAGCUAGUGAUUGUCCGGAUCAGAUUGUGUGGUAUGUACCGCUACUAUAUUGUGAAGUGCUUGUAUGUAUUAACUAAUGAGUGUAGAAUAUUUCUGUAAUUAUCUAGAGCUAAAAUAUUUCUUGUUUAAUACUGACCUUACAAAUCGUUUGUCCAAUAAUUUAGUAUGAGUUGCUUAAUGCCUCGUUGUCAUUGUCUGUCAAAUUGUAUUAUUCUUUGCUAAUAAUAAUGAGGGCAAUUCAUUUCCCCCACACAUAUAUGGAGGGAGCAUAUUCAUGUGCAAUGUCUACC